UCGCAACAAAUACGAACGGAUACCAAAUGCGAUUAUUCCAAAUAAUAAUUAUCCGCGCGAUUAUGACGUUUCAAUUAAUAAUUAACUCACAUAAUGUUGCGUAGCUUGUGAUGUUAUUUCAUAGCAUAUAUAGUGUGCCGUAAUUUUCGCAAUCUGCUGUCGCAACAUAAAAAACGAUCCGCGUCGUGUGAUUAAUGUCGAGAGCUGCGCGAUCACCGUAUUCUGAUUAAUGCGCGUGUAAUCAACCAUGUUUUCUCGAGUGAGUGCUGUGUAAGUGCAAUAAAGGAGCAACAAACAAGAGAGAAAAAUGCAGUUCGUAACGACAUCGAACAACGGAAAAGCGAAUGAGAUAUUACAUUGUAUUUCCAAGCUAUAUAAUCUGCCAGUGACAGUACAACAUCUUCAAGAGACAGGAGUAGGAAGGACUGUGAAUAGUUUCAGAAAAUAUGAUGGUAGUGUAGGUGAUGCUUCGAAGGCUUUAGUUUAUAAAUGGAAAAGGAUGGUAGCAGAUGAAGAGAGUAGUGAUGGUGAAGAUGAGGAUGAAACUUGUGUACCUGAUGUUCACGAAAGUUACAAUGAUAAUCAAGAAUCACCAAAGCUAGAGGAGAUAGGGGAGAACAACUCUUUGUCUGAUCAAGCAUCAAAUUCAAAACAUGUGUAUAAGGAAAACAAAAGUGAGCCAUCUACAAAACACAAUACAAUGUAUUCAUCCAAGUCAAAAUCCGAGGAAAAGCAUGAAAAAAGUACACACUCUUCCAAACAUCGUUCACAGAGUGAAAGAAAGUCUAAGGAAUCAAAAACCACUAAAAGUAGUCUAAAAGAAGAAGCCCACAGUUCAACAAAUCAUUAUCAUAGUAGCAAUGAUAAUUCAAAAAAAAUGAGUGACAAGGUGACUGAAAUUAAUGAAGAUAAUAACAGAAAAAGAAAAGUAGAUAACUCAAAUUCCUCGAUAAAAGAAAGCAAGAAGAGAAAACUGUCAAAUAGCAAAAUUGAUGAUGAGAAAUCUGAAUUAUCUAUUUCAGAAAAGAAUUCCCAUUCAAAAUCUUCUGGAAUUGAGAUAGAGGUAAAAAUUAAAGUAAAAGAUGAGCAGCCUUCAGCAAGUGAUAAAAAUAAACAAGAUGAUAAACAGAAAAAGUAUUUGCAGGAGAAGUCCAGAAGUAGUUCUAAUAAGCUUAAAUCUGACGAAUCAAGCAGUAAAGCAAAGGACAAUAGCGAAAAACAAAAACAUAAAACAAAAGAACAUACAAGUCAUAGUAAAUAUGAUAAAAAAAAGGAUUCCAGUCAUCAUUCUAGCAAAGAAACUUCCAAGUCAAGAGUUAGUUCCUCUAGUAAUAAGGAUCAUGUUAAGAAUAAAGACAGGGACAAGAAAAAAGAACACAAAGAAGAUAAGAAUAAACAUGAGAAGAAAAAAGAAACAAAGAUUAGGUUAAUGCAGGAAAUAAAAGGCGAUGAAGGAAUAGAUUGCAAUUCUGGUGCAAGUUUUGCAGAAGCACUUGGCAUGUGCACCAUGCCUCAGCCAUCAAAAAAACGUCAUAAUAAUUCGCCUAAUCUAAUUUCUACUAAGUCGAUUAAAACGGAACCACUGUCACCCCCGGUUAAUAACAAAAAUACACUGAAAUCUGAACCGGAAUACGGCGAAAGUUCAAACCCAUUAUCCCUUUUAGCGCCGAAUGUGAAGCUAGAACCAUUGAGUGUAGAUUUGUCAUCCACUUUACCUGAAAUCAGUCCCAAUUACAAACCACUGCCAUAUAUUAAUCCAAUUCAACGUAAAGAAGACAUCAAAUCCGUGGAUAAUAUUAUUUACGUCAAGAAUCAAAGGACGAAAGUGUACUCUGGUAACAAGGUUGGUUACACAAGUGUGCCAACACUAUACGAAAUGUGCAUUAGAGUGUUGAUAGAAAAUAUCGAUGCGCUUGAAUUCACCGGCGGUGUACCGUAUGACAUAUUAAAGCCAAUCCUAGAACGCGCCACACCCGAUCAAUUAUUUAUGUUAGAACAUCAUAAUCCGUAUCUUAUAGAAGAUACAGACAUAUUAUGGCAAUAUCAUUGUAAUCGAGAGUUCAGGAGUAAUGAUAGGCAGGAAAUGGAAUCGUGGCGCGAGAUGUACAUGCGCUGUUUAGAUGAAAGGGAAGCGAAACUGAAGACGCUUACCGCCAAUAUCAAACAAUCUAUAGACAAAUCUGUCCCAGUGAGAUCCACUAAACUCGCAUACGUGGACUCGCAUAUUGUGAAACCACCGCGGAACAUAUUAAAGAAACAGGCAAAAUAUGGUACGGCUAAUGCAACGCCUGCCACUAUUUCCAGUGUAAAAAAAAAGUUGGUCGGCGGUGGAGCGAUCAACAACGCAACGAAUAUUGCUGUACCACCACCGCCGAUGGCUCGGUUUAAAGCAUCAACAUCGAGUGUAAAAAAGACAAAAGCACCGCUCAUGGCAAAGGCAUUACAGUUAAUAAAGGGACGUUACAAGCGGUAGUGGAAGCGGUAAUUUUAUCAAUAUUUAGAGAUCCAUUGAUCUCAUAUGCAAUUUCAAUAAAUAGUAAAAUUGUACAUUUCAUCAUCGUUUCGUAUGCACAGGCGUUUAUAUCGUAUUUAUAUCGAUCAUGAUGUCGAUAUAACACUAAAUCCAUGCAUCUUUUGCAUAUUUUUUUUUAAAUUAUGCUCACAGAAUUGUAUGUUUCAAUUUCUAAUAUACAAAAGUAAUUGCAUAUAAUUGUUCAAUUAUAUAAAGAAACUUAUAGUUUUAUUUAUUCCAGUUGAAUGCAAUCUGUAGAAAAGCAUAAAUAAUUUCCAACAGGCAUGGUAAACUUUUCUUUAGUAAGAAAUUAUAUUAACAAUUCAUAGCUGUAUAAAUUUCUUCUUUUGAAAAGUGUAUUCUUAAUCUUCGUAUAUACAGGGUGUCUCGCAAUUUUCAUACAAUAUUUUAAUAUCGUUAAGAUCAUUAAAAAACUGAUCGGUAUGCACGUAUAUGUAGUGACGGAUCUCAGCGCACGAGUUCUACGCGAUAUCAUUGGUAAAAUUUGAUAACUCAAAAACUAUUAUAGCCUUAAAAUUUUUUAAUAGUAUGUUUUAUUUUAUUUUAUUUUUAGAAUACGCUAUUAAAGUAUUGUACAAUGGUUGUGAGAUACUCUGUAUAUCUAGAUUCAUGAAUAGAUAGAGAUAAAUAGACGAAAUGGUUACUCAUUAGAUCUAGACAUUCUUGGUUGGGUUUAUAUAUAUAUUUUUGGAUCUUAAAUUUUUAGAUUUUUGAAGUGUAAAAUUUUUGGAUUGUAUUUUAGCAAUUCAUGUGUCAAAUUGAUUCGGGAACAAACAUGGAAGCGUAAUCCCCAUGUGUUAGAUGUUGCUGUGAUUUUGAUUUCGAUUUUUUUAGACAUUUUUAACAUAUAUAUUUUGUAAAUAUUAUAUUGUGAGACAAGAUAUAGGGACAAGUACAGAUAGAUAAUUAGUCAAUCUACUUUGUUUAAAUUAUGCAAUUUUUAUAUAAACAUUUCUUACAAUCUUCUUUUAUUAUCUCAUGGCUGAUAUAUAUAUAUAUAUAUAUUCUGAUCACAGAUAUUCUAAUCAGCGAAACAAUACAAGAGAUAUUUUAUUUACUAAUUCAUACCUAUGAAGACCUAGCCAAAUAAUUUUCUUAUAAUAAUUAUACAUAUGGUAUGCAUAUAUUUGAGUUAUCUGAUCAAAUUAUAAAAUUCUGUAAUAUACAACAUAAAAUUUUCUAUGUUUUCAUCUAUUAUUUUAUAUGAAUGAGAUAAAAAUUAAGUACAUAUUUAAAUAUUAUAUAAUAACAAUAAUAUUAAAUUUUGAUUUUUGGAUAUAACAACUAAUUUAUAUUAUUUAUCCAUAUUAAAUUUUAAUAAUGUAUCCUGAGAAUUCUCUAUAUUGUUCAAUCGAAUAAUAAUUGGAAGGCAAAUUUAGCUAUUAAUCUUUAAGAAUUUGUGUAGGAGAUUUAAUAUUUUAAUUAAAUUAAUUUCAAACUUGUUAUUUAAAGAUAAAUUUUAUUACAGUACAUCAAAAUUAUAUGUGUGAGUUUGUGUAUUUCUUUCCAUUUAAAUGCUUUUAAUUCUAAAUUAUAAAAAUGAAAUUAUUGUUCAAUAGUAAUCAUUUAAAAUUUCGUCAGAAAAAUUCUAAUUAAAGAAAAUAUGAUAUAUUCUUUGUAUAUUAUGUGAUAUAUACAUCUUGCAUAUUUUACAUAUAAAUAUAUAAAUACUGAUUUUAUUUUCAGUUAUUUUCACAAUAUCAAAAUAAUACAUCAUAUUGUAUCAUUCUUAUAUACAUCAUGUUAUAGAUGUAGAAAACAUCUUCAUAAGAUAAUCCUAUAAAUUUGUUCUAAUAGUAUCUUCGAUCGGAGAAAUAUAGAUGCAGCGAAUAAUAAUGCCGCGUGAACAUUGCAUGUAAAUUAUAUAAUAAAAAUGUGAGCCUUU